CUGUCAGUGUGUUGGCGUUUUUACGCUCAGGCAUGAGUUCAACAGGUGGCGUGUCCACUUUUAGAAACAAGCUGCUGGGAUCACGACCAGUGUGCUUUCCUCUAUGAAAGACGCAUGAAAGGAUUCAGAACGUAACAUAUUUGUUGGUCAUGACAGACACCCGUUUUCCUUGGAUAAAUUUAGGCUAAAUAUAGAUCACAAUGGCUGUGUUCAAGCAGCAGCAGGUUGAGAAUUUCUAUGAGAUUGGAGAGGAACUUGGAAGUUCAUGUGUCUUUCAGUGGGCAGUUUGCCAUUGUUAAGCAGUGUCGUGAAAAGUGCUCAGGUCAGGAUUUUGCAGCUAAGUUCAUAAAGAAACGGCAGAGUAAUGCCAGCCGGCGAGGUGUGCUCCGAGAAGAGAUUGAGCGAGAGGUCAAUAUCCUACAGCAGAUACAGCAUCCCAAUAUUGUCAUGCUACAUGAUGUGUUUGAGAACAAGACAGAUGUGGUGCUGAUUUUGGAGCUGGUGUCUGGAGGAGAGCUUUUCGACUUUCUGGCACAGAAAGAGUCUUUAAGUGAGGAGGAAGCCACACAGUUUAUCAAGCAGAUUCUAGAGGGCGUUCACUAUUUACACACAGGGAAUAUUGCUCAUUUUGACCUGAAGCCUGAAAACAUCAUGCUUCUGGAUAAGAACGCCCCACUUCCCCGGAUCAAACUCAUUGAUUUUGGCUUGGCCCACAAGAUCGCUGAAGGGGUUGAAUUUAAAAACAUCUUUGGAACGCCAGAGUUUGUUGCUCCAGAAAUUGUGAAUUAUGAGCCACUGGGACUGGAAGCAGAUAUGUGGAGUGUUGGUGUUAUUACAUAUAUUCUGUUGAGCGGGGCGUCUCCUUUCCUAGGAGAAACGAAGCAAGACACCCUGGGAAACAUCUCAGCCAUGAACUAUGAGUUUGAUGAUGAAUUCUUUGGCCACACCAGUGAGCUUGCCAAGAAUUUUAUACGACAACUGCUGGAAAAAGACACCAAAAAGAGACUUACAAUUCAAGAUGCCUUGAACCACCCUUGGAUCAAGUCUAAUGAGCAUAAGGACGAGCGCAGUAAAGCACCAGAGAGGAAGAGAGAGCGUAGGCAGCUGAAGACGAAGCGUCUUAAAGAGUACACCAUCAAGUCCCACUCCAGCAUGCCUCCUAAUAACACCUACAUCAACUUUGAACGCUUCGCACAGGUGGAGGAGGACGUGUCAGCAAUGGAGGGCACUUUCUGCCAGCUGGCCUCGGCCCACGACUCCUUGCAGGAGGACAUUGAUGCACUAGUGUCCAUUUACAAUGAGAAGGAGAUGUGGUACAAAGAAGAAAGCGAAAGCAUCAGACACGAGUUGUCCCAGCUUCGUUAUGAGUUCCGUAAAGUCGAAGCCCAGAGACGGGGCGUUCACGAAGACAUGAGGAGCGUGGAUGGCAGCGUUAGCCGAGUGAGCGAGCGAUACAAGGAGAGGCAGACACGUUUUGAGGCCCUGCAGAAGGAGCUCUGUGCUGAGCUGCAGUGGGUACAGGAAGUGGUGGGUUCAUUCCAGGUCACCUUCCCAAACUGUAGCUUUAGCAGCGUGUUUAAUACCGAUGUCAAUGAAGCACUGAAAGAGUUGCUGAAUAGAUCCUGUGGAGGAGACCUGCUGACCGGCAGCGACCUGGACCAGCAGAGAUGACAUAUUAAUAACCCACCAUCCACUGAUCACACAUCGUUAUAUAAGCACUGGCGAGGUAAACAUGCUGAAGAUACUGCGCUGGGACAUUUAGAUCUGAAUAAAAGCAGGUAUGGUCAGUCAGAGA